UGGCCAGCUGGCCUCCCAUUGGCCGCCGGCCUGAUCCGCCACACGCCCGCAGGCCCAUAAAUGGGGCGUGUUAGGCGGGCGGGGUCCCGAUCGGUCCAGCUCCGUCUUUGUCGUCAUCACCUUCGCCCCGGGCCGGCGCUCUCUGGUGCUCUUCGGAAAGUCUUCGGGUCUUCGUCUUCGCAACUUUUCGGACAAUGUCGGAAGUGAUGCAGGACAAGUCCAAAGUCAAGUUGUCAUCUCCGGCCUUUCCCGACAAGCCCCGCCUUCACAGUUCGGGGUUCCGCUCCAAAGGCUUCGCCAUCACGGAUCUGCUGGGCCUGGAGUCCACGUCGGCGUCAUCCGGAGGAGGCGAGCCUCAGGGCGGCGGCGGGGGCGGCGGCGGAGGUCUGGGCCAGAGUCUGGGGGGUGCCUUCUCCUUCCCGGGAGCGUCCCUCCCCCUGGGUCUGGGCUUCCUGUGCGGUCUGGCGGCCCAGCAGCCGCCCGGCUCGGCCGGAGGACCCCCUUGCUUCCUGCCGGGCCACCUGCCCCUCCUGCAGAGACCCGACGGACACUUUGUGCACGGCGCCGACCCCCACAGGGAUGCUUUCUCCGAUGAGGAGGUUCUGUCCGACCACAACGAGUCCAAAAGUUGUUCGUCGUCUCAGAAGAGGAAGAAGCGGCGCCACAGGACCGUGUUCACGUCCCACCAGCUGGAGGAACUGGAGAAAGCCUUCCACGAGGCCCACUACCCGGACGUCUACGCCCGAGAGAUGCUCGCCGUCAAGACGGAGCUGCCCGAGGACCGCAUCCAGGUGUGGUUCCAGAACCGGCGUGCCAAGUGGCGCAAGCGCGAGAAGUGCUGGGGCCGCAGCAGCGUCAUGGCGGAGUACGGCCUCUACGGGGCCAUGGUGCGCCACUCCAUCCCGCUCCCCGAGUCCAUCCUCAACUCGGCCAAGAACGGCAUGAUGGGAUCCUGCGCCCCCUGGCUGCUCGGUGAGCCGCAUGCACGAAUGCACAAGAAGUCUCUGGAAAUGUCGUCCAAAAAGACGGCCGGGUCCUGUUCGGACCGAUUGGACUCAAAGCAUUCUUCCGAUGCCUUCUGCCACACCCCCGACUCCGGGGAGGCGGAGCCUGAGGCCGUUGGGCGCCAGGAGGAAGAUGAGGAGAACACGGAAGAGGAAGAGGAGGAGGAGGAAGAGGAAGAGCUGGAGGAGGAGGCCAUGGAUUUGUCCAGCUCCUCCAAACAGCAGCAGCAGGACGAGGCGGGCGGCCAACAGACGUGCUGAGGCUGCGGUGCAGCUGCAACAACCACCCGAGCGCAGUCUGAUCACCGCGCGGCGCAUCGUGUUACCGGGGGGGCGACGUCCAACCGAGACAUUCCCCACCCCCCGCCCCCCCGCCGGCAGUGAUGACAACCGCGACCAUGGCGACAACUCCAACCGCCACAACCCGUAACUGCGGCGACAGCUCAUUCGUGACGUCAACCGUCACCAUAACAAAGCUUCCCGUCACCGUGACAGCAACCGCGCGGCGCAACCUCGUCACCGGCACGCCAUCCUGUUACCGUGACAACCCGCCGCAAACUCCGCCGAUCCGGUGGCAGCAACUCAUCAACAAAGAUGAGGCGAUAUUUGCACACGAGUGAAAUAAUUAGCCUCGAGCACAAUGGCAAACGAACGCGGGUUGCUAAUCGCAAGGAGCGGAAGUGAGAAUUCUCAGCCCGAAUGUGUGAUGUUCGCGAUGUGUCAAAAGUUGCCACUUGUUGAAUCGCGAUCAUUCCUUAACGAGCAUGAGUUUUACUCGAAAUGAUGGCUUGAUUUGAAUAUUUAAGAUGGAAGUUUUUAUUACUGGGACAGCAGUAAGCUGAAAAAAUAAAACACAAAUAUUUUUGGAA